AAGAAAGCGGUACGAGAAGCUUCAUGUCUCAAGUUCAACACACUAGCUUCUUAUCCUCACACCUUCCACUGCAUUUAUCCUGAUAAUCUCCGCCACUCAAUUUAUGAUCCUCCUAUCAAAAAAUCUCACUCUCUCCCUCUUUUUUUCUUUGCUACCAAGUUUUUUACUUGACAAUUUUUUUUCUCUCUUUUACAACAAUGGCUACUGCACUCACUGCUGCACUCUCUCUCCAUUCCUCUAAAACACCUUCCAUUUCCACCACACCAUCUAUCCUGUCUACUGACAGACUUAACUUUACCAAGGUUCCUUUGACAUUUAGAAAUGUGUCUAGUGGGGGGAAAAUGGUGUCUAUUAGAGCUCAGGUGACCACUGAGGCUCCAGCUAAAGUUGAGAAGGUUUCGAAGAAAGUGGAGGAAGGUGUGGUUACUAAUAAAUUCAGGCCUAAGGAACCUUAUGUUGGUAAAUGCCUCCUCAACACUAAGAUCACUGGUGAUGAUGCUCCUGGGGAGACUUGGCAUAUGGUCUUCAGCACUGAAGGAGAGGUGCCAUACAAGGAAGGGCAAUCCAUUGGAAUUAUUGCAGAUGGUGAAGACAAGAAUGGGAAGCCUCACAAGCUCAGGUUGUACUCAAUUGCUAGCAGUGCCCUCGGAGACUUUGGCGACUCCAAGACUGUUUCAUUGUGUGUCAAAAGGCUCGUCUAUACCAACGACCAAGGCGAAGUAGUUAAGGGAGUAUGCUCAAAUUUCUUGUGUGACUUGAAGCCCGGUGCUGAUGUUAAGAUAACUGGACCUGUUGGAAAAGAAAUGCUUAUGCCAAAGGAUCCCAAUGCAACUGUUGUUAUGCUUGCUACUGGAACUGGAAUUGCACCUUUCCGAUCCUUCUUGUGGAAAAUGUUCUUCGAGAAGCAUGAGGACUACCAGUUCAAUGGUUUGGCAUGGCUUUUCUUGGGUGUGCCCACAAGUAGCUCGUUGCUAUACAAGGAGGAAUUUGAGAUUAUGAAAGAGAAGAAACCAGACAACUUUAGGCUUGACUUUGCAGUGAGCAGAGAACAAACAAACGCGAAAGGAGAAAAAAUGUACAUCCAGACCCGCAUGGCUGAGUACGCAGAAGAGCUCUGGGAAUUACUUAAGAAAGACAACACCUUCAUCUAUAUGUGCGGUUUAAAAGGAAUGGAAAAGGGAAUCGAUGACAUUAUGGUGUCAUUAGCUGCUAAAGAUGGUAUUGAUUGGAUCGAAUACAAGAGGUCACUCAAGAAGGCAGGACAAUGGAACGUAGAAGUCUACUAAUUUCGGGUUUCUUGUACAAAUGUAUGCCUAUUCUUGAAACUCCCCAUGCUCCUCUGCAUUCUGUAGAUAGACGAUCAAAUUUCUUUGUACUGCAACUUUUUUUGUAUUUCAUAUAUAGCACUGUUGUAUUGCUUAAUGUCCUUUUUCCUGAAACUGCAUUUUUGAGGGCCUGGAUCAUACAAUAUAGCUGGAAUCUGGAAUAUGACUUUUUCAAACUCUGUGCAGUUACUUAUGGAUGAACAUAUACUAUUUUGUGUGUAAUGAAUGUUUUCUACUCUUAA